AAUCUAAUAUCAGAAGUAUUAUUGUGAAUAUAUAACACCGUUAUAACUGUUGCACUCAUCCGACGGUGCCUGGACUUCGCACCCGGACACCAGGCCCUGUUAUAAGAAGAAAGUAUCCCAAGCUAACGUUUGGGAACAACUACCCCCAUAAUCAUGAUCAACACCAACUAUACGUUCAAAAACCUACUCGCAUUCAACGUGAGUGGGUUUGCUUGUGUUGCGUUCAUUGUUUUUCUAACUUCCACUCAGCCAUUCUACCUAAAUGAAGUGCUAGACAUUAAUCACAAUUUAGGGAAUAUAAUUGGUAAUUUGGGUUUAAUUGAUGAAAUACUAUGCAUAUUAUCAAGUCCAUUGAUCGGAACUUUGAAUGAUCGGAUCAAUACCAGUUCUUGGAGAUUAAACGGGGCGAAAAUCAUUCAAUUCAUUGGAUUUUCAAUCAUCUCUCUCAGUUUAUUCAGUUACGCUAAAUUGAUUAAUUCUUUGAAUAAAAUGUAUUUUGUUAGAGGGGUUUUUGCAAUUGGAGUAACUUCAAUAAUGAGUAUGAUUCCUGUUUUACUAAAUGAAUUAUCAAAUUCGGAUUUUGAAUUCAAAAAAAUUGUCUUUUGGCGUCGCCGUCAUCACCAUCGAGAAUCAAAUGAAGUAUCUAAUAAAAAUGGUAAAUAUUCAGCACUAAUUGGUAUUUCAACAGGAUUAGGUGCUAUUUUCUCGGUAUCGAUGUUUUUAACUCUACCAGUGAGAUUAAAUGAUAACUAUCCAAACUUAUCUAAUAAAUCAAGCUUACAAUUAUCAUACUUAAUUCUUUCAAUAUUAUCAAUUAUAGUAGCAAUUUAUCUAUUGAUUUUCCUAUAUAACUCCAACAAAUCCAACAAUCAAGUUGUCAAUCCAGAAUCACAACCUCUCUUACCGUCAACAAAACCAAAUUACUUACAAUUAUUACACCAUGGUAUCAAAAUAUCUUCUAAUAAUUCUAAAAUUCAACUAAGUUUUGUUGGUUCCUUUGUUGCUCGUUCCACGACAGUUUUAACUGCGGUCUUCAUCCCCUUAUGGGUCUAUCAUUUCUAUCAUGAUUCUGGUAAAUGCGAUGCUCUCGACAAAAAUAAUUGCUACGAUGGUUAUAUAUUUGCAGCUAUUCUAACCGGAGUGGCACAAACCAUUGGAUUAAUUCUGUCCCCGAUCUGGGGGAUCCUCAUUGAUCAUCGUAAAGUCGGCUCAACCCUUUGUCUUUUACUCUCUUCCAUCCUAGGCUUGGUUGGCUGUUUUGGAAUUUGUUUCAACUCGAAUCUCGAUCCAAGAAACUUCCAUACUUUCUUCUUUGUCAGCCUCAUCUCCUCGCUGCAAAUCGGCUCGGUCAUCACCUCCAUGAGUCUCUUAUCCAGCCUACAAUCAGACACCUCCAUAGGAAGUUUAAGUGGGCUCUACAGCUUAUGCGGAGGCUUGGGGAUCUUGAUCCUCAAUAAAGUCGGUGGACUCUGGAGUGAUUCGUGGAUCUUGGCUCCCUUCGCUCUCUUGGGUGCGUUCAACAUCCUCCUCACCAUAACCUCCUCCUACAAUCUAUAUAAAUAAGUAUAUGAAUACAAGUAUAUGAAUACAAGUACAUGAAUACAAGGAAAAGACGUUAUUCUGUCAAAA